CCCAGUAGACCCGAGCCGUUAGAAUUUAUUUAUAGAACAGGAGUUAGUAUUUUGUACAGAUUUUCCAUCUGUCGAGUGUACGCCUCGCCUAUUGAAGGCUAUUUCGAUGUCGCUCGAAGUGAGUUUUAACAUCAAAAAACAGGUACAAGAAAGUACAAUUGUAGCUCAAUAACUUUCUCUCAUCCUUGCUGUUUCUUCUUAUUGAUUUUUCGGGCCAACAAGACGAAACUCCACAUGUCGCUCGGGUUCGCUUAGUAGUUCGUCGAGGCCGCGUUAUCGAUCUAAACCUUUGGAUAGACUAUGUGGGAGAGUGACGGUACACCAGACGAGUCCAUUUAGUCAAAAAGGGAAUUCAGAUCCAGCCAAGGAAGAGUUCAUCUUUGAGGGGCAUUCCGGAAACGAUGGACUAAGUAAACGGUGACGUGCACUGUUGUGACUACAACCAUGCCUCGAGAGGUUGGAAUGAGACUUGCUUGGAUUGACUACGAUUUACAUGGCGUGGGUCAUCAAUGAAACAGAAAACGUUUAUUCUUCGGGAAAACCUGGCUUUCUUCUCGUUGUUCUUUAUCACGGGUGACCCUGUUCUCCAGCCCGAGGAGCUUUGAAGCGGAAGCAUGCUACAAACCUUCACAUAACAUCCUGCGGAUUAUUACGGCAGCUGGCUUGGCAUCAAACGGAACUACUUCGUUAGAGUAUUUACAAUAUGAUAACUACGCAUAUCUUAGUUGGUGCGAGUCAAAAAGGAGGAAGUAAAGGGACUGGAUUCUUCAACUAUCAACUAAAAUACCAUCGAAACCCACCACGAUUGUACCUAGACGUGGACACACAUUGGGAAAUAAAUGAUACAGUGGACAGUGGUCACAACACGAAAAGAAAAAGACGUGUGUAACUAAUGGUUGAUAACAUCAGAUGUCCAGUUUAAGUGUAAUUUUCUGAAGACUUUUCUACAUUAUCCAGGAGGCCUUAUCAGGUGAAGGAGAGAUAAUUCCAGUCUAACACAGCCCUCGGACAACAUGAUGUGUGUUGAUUACAUAAUUCGAGGGGGUCGCGUGAUCGAUCCUAAAAACGAGAUUGACAUCAUUGGAGACGUAGCAAUCCAUCAUGGUCUGGUCCAUUCUGUCGGAAAAGGGUUACAGAUCACAGGGAAGGAAGAGUUCAAUGCCGAGGGUUGUCUAAUAACGCCUGGGCUUAUUGAUGGUCAUGUACACUGUUACCAAUGGGCCACGCCCCUCGGGAUCAACCCGGAUGAAAGAUGUUUGUCACGGGGUGUUACUACUGUCGUGGAUGCGGGAAGCUCAGGGUAUUCCACAUUCCCUGGUUUGCGCAAGUUCAUAGCGGAGCGCAGUGAAACCAGAGUGCUCUGUUUCCUACACAUAGCUGCACAUGGGUUAGCGGCCGCUGGCUGUUCUGCUGGUGCCCCUGGUGGUGAGUCGGAUUGUCUGAACCAGCUGGACGUGACUUCCUGUCGAGAUGUCGUGGAACAGAACCGGGACAUGAUUGUUGGUGUGAAAGCGAGGCUGUCGGAGAGCAUUACAAAUCAGGGAAAAAACGAACAGGAAGUGUUUAAGCGAGCCAUGGAAGUAGGCCGGCUAUGUAAGGUGCCGGUGAUGUGUCACCAUACUUUGUCAACCAUACCUACACAAGGUCGAACAGUUGACGACUGUCUUUGCUGCCCACGUGACAUGUCUCCUGGAGACAUAUACACGCACACAUAUCACGCAUUCACCAGCACUAUAAUAGACCCGGAAACUGGAAACAUACUCGAUGACGUCAUCGAAGCACGAAAGAAAGGUGUGUUGUUUGAAGUUGGGCAUGGUCAAGGUUCCUUCAGUUGGACAGUGGCUGAAAUGUGUGCCAAAAGGUCAUUUUGGCCAGAUAUAAUAGGAACUGACCUCCAUUCCGGGAAUCAGGACGGUCCAGUUUAUGAUCUCCCGAGAGUGAUGACUAAAUUAUUACAUCUCGGAAUGCCUCUUUGUGACGUCAUUUCCGCCGUGACAAUAAACACGGCCAGGGCCAUAGGAAGGGAAGGAGAUAUCGGUUCAUUAUCCACUGGAUUAGAGGCAGAUGUAACAGUUCUGAAGUUAGAAACAAUUGAUAUGGAUCUAGAAGAUUCCCAGUCGCAGACAAGACGAGUACAUCAGUGGUUUUCACCUGUGGCGGUUUGGAGAAAGGGACAACGUCAUGCCAUUACGAAACCUGCAGAAAUACCAAACAUGGCUGCCAUGAAAAUGAAUGUAAAGGACUGGCCAGCCCUAGUCAUAAAGGAUUCCAAACCUCCAUCUGUUUUACAGGAUCAGUAAAGUACACGGAGGCAGAACGAUACACUAGUUGUUUUAGAGCGCGUGUGCGAAUAUCGUGUUAAUGGUUAUAUUACGUGAAUUUAUGUAAAUUAGAAACUGUUUUGUUGAGAAAACGUAUGAUUCGGCUAAAUGUUUUCAUAUUUGGCCAUAUCAAAUGAUUAAAGCUGAUGCAUAUCUUAAUUUUGUUUCUCAAAAUGUAGAUCUAGUUAGAAGAAUUUUCUCUUUGCUGCCUUGUCAAUGUAAACUGUUCUGAUUAUAACAUUCCUCAGUAUUUCAGGGUCUGAUGGAAUUGGCAAGUUGCUGAAUAAAAAUAACCUGUUGUUGACAUUGA